GUCGUUCUAAUUGAACUCCAGAGACACAGAGAGAAGAGGCUCGCCUGGAUUGCCUGGAUUGUAGUUUGUUUGUCAGUUUUUUAUUAGUAAGCUUUCUUUAGUGCUUUUUCUUUGUUUGUUGAUGUGAGGUGCACCGAAAUGUCCGUGGAUCAACUUUCACUCCUUGAACCUCUCGGUUUGGACUACAUGGACUUCAGGCUGGAUCUAUGCGCGCUCCCCCGUUCACGGGCUACAGGUUCUGCGUGUACGAGCCCACCCAGCACACCCUGCAGCUCCGUCCCCGCGUCCCCGAGCGGCUUCGGCGUGGACGAGUUUUACUGGGCGGGUGCAUGGCCGCCACCGCCGCCGCCGCCGCAGCAGCAGCAGUUCAAGCAGGCGCACACGCACGCGCAGUUCGCAUUCCCGCAGCGACAGCAAAAGCAGCAGCUUCUAAAUCACUAUCAGCGAGCGGAGUUCGGCGCGUGCAAGUCUGCUGCACAGUUUCCUGCCCAAAACGAACAGCUGCGCGCGCUCCAGUGUAUACCGGACCAGGUUUCGGAGCGCGCCCGCCCGCAGCGCCUCACCGAUGAGCAGCUCGUGUCCAUGUCUGUGCGCGAGCUGAACCGGCGCCUGCGUGGCGCGGGCAAGGAGGAAGUCGCGCACCUGAAGCAGAAGCGCCGCACGCUGAAGAACCGAGGGUACGCGCAGUCCUGCCGCUUAAAGCGCGUGCAGCAGAAGCGCGCGCUCGAGCGCGAGAAGUCGCACCUGGUGGCAGAGGUGGAUGAGCUGAAGCGCGAGCUGAGCCGCCUGCUGAGCGAGCGCGACGACUAUAGGCUGCAGUGUGAGAGCCUCGCGGAUGGCACAGCACAGGGGCUCACGCUGUAGGGCACAAGCUCACCCGGAGAUUCAUUCGUUCAUUAUUUCAUCUAAUUGAGAGAUCCGAGUGUCUUGUAUUGACUCUCUCCAGAGACUCUGCGGAUUCUGUUCCACAGCUUUAAAGGACCAAUCCAGCAUUUCCCGCAAAAAUAUGUUUUCUCCGGUUUUCCAGUGUUUUAAAAUGAUGUUUGUGGUUAUGUUGUGAAAUGUUUAAAAAGUGGAAAUCUCCUUCACAUAGACAUAUUUGUACACUGGCAGGAAAGAUAAAAACAUCUGUUAUUACGCCACGCAGAAUUAAACAGAAGUGUUUAUGUUAAAGGUCAUUGUCUCAAGAACGUUUUCCUCUAAGGUAAGACAUGUACGAAAAUGCUUCCCAUAGGCGUCCCUACAGCUGGACUGAACAUAGGUCAGAUGGUCUUGUCCAAGUGCAAGCACAAAGACAAUAUCGUGUUCUCAAGUUAUUGUGUGAAUUAUUUUCUGAAAUUUAUUCUCAGAAAAUUUUAAAACAAAAUCAUUAUUUGCCUAUUAGCAUCUCAAUGAAUACAUGUGAGAGGGAUUUUUGUGCUGUUUCUUACUUUAAAACACAUUCCAUUAAACAGCUUUCACGCACAAAACACAGGACAAGUAUUUAGUGUUUCAGUGAUAAAGGAGCAGACAUUAUUAACUAAUCUUUGAGUGUAGCUUUAAGAUGCUCAACUGUGCUUGAAAAUCCGUUAAAUGCGCUAAAAUAACGGUCAGUCAUCUAUAUAUCAAUGCAAAUCAACAAGGUUUAGGCACUCUGUGUCAGCACACAGCUAGUGUUUAAACUGAAGCUGGGCUCCGAGAUCACUAUUAAACUGAACUGAUGUUUUGGGCAUUUUUAACUUGUACAUUGAACAUCACCGGAGACUAGUUAAUUUUUUUUUAUUGGAGGUAACCUUUUCCUUUUAAAUAAAUUUUAGAAUGUUUCACUUAUUCA